AUGAAGCCCAAGGCUCUCCGUGACCCGAGGUAGUUCGGAUAAACGGUAGAAAAUGAAAAAAUAAAUGAAUGAUUGAAUGUUGGAGCUGAACAUUUAUCCCAUUUCUUCAGUAGUUCUCAGGAUAAGGAUUCGGAAAUCAUCUAAAUUUUUCCAGUCUUUUUUUCCAGACUGCAAGUUUUCAAUACUUUUUGCUCACAUAUAUUUUUGUGUACAAAAGUUUUGGACUCUUAUUGAUGGCAGAUGUAUUCUCUGAAACCUGACACAUAGUCUCUCUGCAAAUCAGACCAAUUCCUUUUUCCUUGCAACGAACAGAGCACUCAUUAGUCCAUUUGCUUGUUAAAUAAACUGUAUUCUGUCAAUUUUUCUUUUCCCUAGCUACUACUUCAUCUUUACCCCAUUACUGAUCUGAACGCUGGUCCGAUUAUAAACGCGCCAUUAGACGGUAACAGUCGCAGAAAUGACAGCUAAGAGAUAAGAAACUUUUUAACUGUCUACGGCGGCUACACGAGGGAAGAAACGGCUGACUUACGGUAACGUAGCCCAAGCGUAAAUGAUAUUCUUUUGCGAACCAUGCAGCUAUUCAGAGGGUCAAUCGAAUUGUAUUGUCAUUAUGGUUCCACAGUCAAAAUGGCUGCAGUUUGGAAAACUCUUACAAGAGAGGCUCGGUGGAGGAAAAGCGCAAGAGUAUUUCUUUAACAAUGACGAGGAGAGAGACUGAACUGAGCUCACUUUAUUUAUUCUGUAUGAGCACAGAGACAGCACGGUGAAUUACAGAACAUGGAAACGAGAGAGCGAGGGAGGAAGAAGAAGAAGGGGGGGGCAGGAGGAAGGCAAGAGACUUCAAAGAGAAUUUGAAUAUUUUUGUAACAGUCUCUGCAAAGCCUGUUAUCUCUCUCUCUCUUUCUCUCUGUCUCUCUGUCUCUAUCACUCUCUUUCUGUUUUUUCUCUCUCUCUGUCUCAUGACAAAGGCCUACAAUACUUCUGCAUGCCUAUUUCUCUUUUUUCCUGUUUUUUCUUUUUUUUUUCCAUCUGCAUUUCCUUCGUCCCGUAUCUCUCACAGGCUCUAUGUUUACUUCCCUCUCCAUCACUCUGUCCUGCCCCUAAAAACAGGAAAUGAAGCCGGGUGCCAGACAUUUAAGGCAGAAUCCCGAUUAUUUCUCCCAAGUACAUAAAUAUAAAGUGUAUCGUUAAAGUGAGAAGCUCUCGCAUUUCCCAAACCGUCGCCGUUUCUUUUCCCAUACUGAGAUAAAAGGGCCAAAGGGAUUCGUCUGCUCAGACUCUCGGUGAUUGGCCACUAGAAAGAAGGUCAUGGAAACGCCGCCCUCCGAUUGGCUCUCGGAUUUUAUCCGUAUACUGCGAUUGGUGCAGAAUGUCUUCUGUGAAGGCUUCUCGUGUUUGAGAGGGGGAUUAGACCUCAAGAUUGGACACAGUCCUGGAGAAAUGCAGCUGUUCUACAGAGAGAAAGAGAAGGAGGUGCAGGCAUGAAGCGGCAUGAGAGAGAGACUGUGAGACACAGGGAGAAAGUCAGAAGGAGGACAGAGAAAGACUAAGACAAUUAGAGUGGUGGUGGCAAGACUGUGAGCCAUGUGAACAAACUGGGAGACACCAAGAGAAAGCAGAAGGAGAAACAGACAGACAGAAACCAAGAGACCCAAAAAGAAUGUGCCUGAAGCAGGGAAAAGACUGAGAGAUGGACAGAAGGACACAGAGCUGAGAAAGUGAGAGAGAAGAGAAAGUUAGAUGCGAGCAGGGAAGCUGAUCGUGACAACCCGGUGACAUAGAGAGAGACAGUAGCAGGAAAUUAAGGAGAUGGACAGAAACUGGAGAGAGACAUUCAGAAAUGAGGAGAGAGACAGAAAGUGGGAAGGAAUGUAAGACAGAAAGAGAAAUAAAAGAGUUGAUGGAGGAAGAAGACGCAUGGUGAGAGAAAGAGGGACGGUAGUGAUAGACUGAGUAAGAGAGACAGACAGUUGUGGUGAAUGGGGAUCUCUCUCUCUCUCUCUCUCUCUCUGACCCCUCCCACUCUACAGAGUGUAGAGCUGAAGAUCAGCAGUUUGUGUUCUAACACCUCAGUGUGUCUCCAUGUUUCCAGCUGUGUCUCAUGCAUUUGGACACUUCACACACACACACACACACACACACAUUCCUUGCGGCUUCACACAUCUUCUGAGCAACAUGGAGUCCACGUUUUGGCUGAAGACGACCUCUGUUGGCUUUUCUACUAAACCCACAACCGUUCUCCAGAUCUUUUCUUCUAAACGAAUUGACCUCCAGUUUCGCCAGUGACAUUUUCAGCUUCUCAUCUCUGUCGCUGUGGACUUUUUCUUAUUUAAAAAAGAAAAAAAAACACCGUUCAUUCUCCAAAGGUUUGGACAGACAGGAUGGGAUGUGUGGGUAGGUCCUGAGUGAGUAGCGAGUCGAGCGCACGCAGAGACUCAAUCUGCCGCGUGUUUUUGGGUUUGAGGAGCGAACAUGGACAUGAUGACUGCAUGUUGGAGGGGACAGGAGGAGCAGGCUGCCAAAGCAAAGGCGGAAAAAAUCCGUGUGGCUCUGGAGAAAAUUAAAGAAGCGCAGGUCAAAAAGCUGGUGAUCCGUGUGCACAUGUCGGACGAGAGCUCGAAGACGAUGAUGGUAGACGAGCGGCAGAGUGUUAGGCAGGUGCUGGACAGCCUGCUGGAUAAGUCCCACUGUGGAUACAGUCCUGACUGGGCUCUGGUGGAGACCAUCACCGAGCUACAGAUGGAGCGUAUUUUUGAGGACCAUGAGAACCUGGUGGAGAACCUGCUUAACUGGACCAGAGACAGCCAGAACAAGCUCAUGUUCAUCGAGCGUAUUGAGAAGUAUGCGCUCUUCAAGAACCCGCAGAAUUACCUGCUGGGAAAAAAAGAGACAUCUGAGAUGGCUGAUAGAAACAAGGAGGCACUGCUGGAGGAGUGUUUUUGUGGUGGCUCCGUAUCAGUGCCUGAGAUUGAAGGAGUGCUCUGGCUAAAGGAUGAUGGGAAAAAGUCAUGGAAGAAGCGAUACUUCUUACUACGCGCAUCUGGGAUUUACUUUGUGCCGAAGGGCAAAGCUAAGGCCUCUAAAGACUUGGUAUGCUUUCUGCAACUGGAUCAUGUGAAUGUUUAUUAUGGACAAAACUACCGGAGCAAGUAUAAAGCCCCCACUGACUACUGCCUUGCCCUUAAGCAUCCACAGAUUCAGAAGAAGUCUCAGUACAUCAAGUAUCUGUGCUGUGAUGAUAUCAGGACCCUGCACCAGUGGGUUAACGGGAUCCGGAUUGCUAAGUAUGGGAAGCAGCUGUACCUGAACUAUCAGGAAGCUAUGAAACGCACCGAAGCCGCCUACGACUGGUCCUCUCUUUCCAGCUCCAGCAUCAAGUCUGGCACCAGCUCAGUCAGCAACCCUGAGUCACAGUCCAACCAUUCCAGUCAUACAGACAGUGGGGUGUCAGAUGGCACCUCGUCCACACAUGCACGCUCACAGAGUGUUGUCAGCUCCAUCUUCUCUGAAGCCUGGAAGAGAGGCACGCAGAUGGAGGAGAGUACCAGAACAAGACCAGAGUCAACACGUUCAAGCCACUCUAUCCACGGUGUCCAUGGUGGCCACUCCAGCCAUGCUCACUUUAACACACUCCAUUUGGCACAGCAGCAGCAUACAACUGCCUCAGUACAUUUACAGCAGCAAGUGCAGCCUCAGGCAAAUUCCGUGCCACACCCACAUGCACACCCAGCAUCACAUCCUUUUGGUAGUGUUACUCAAACUUCAGUUCAAGCUCCCAUCCCGCCUGCUCCAGCUCCUCCUCAGCACUCUCCAGCUCCACCCAAGAUCUUUCCAGUUGUACUCCAGUCCUCCAGUCCAGUUCUGUCCCAGCCCUCCCUUUCUCCAUCCAAACUUUCACCAGUUCUGCCCUUGCCCUCUCCAGUUCUGGCCCAAACCUCUCCAGCUCCUCCACCACCACCACCACCGCCCCCUCCGCCACCCCCUCCUCCUGUCUGUGUCCAUCACUACUCAGGUCCUCAUAUUUUUGCCAAAUAUAGCACCAUCAACCGCCUGAAGAAUGCCUCUCAGUCUGCUAAGCCACACCCUCAAGCACAGCAGGUACUUCCAGUACCAUCCCCUCAACCUUUCAAGCCUCUCAACAAUAUUCCACCAGGAGCAAAUGUACCACCCCCACCACCUCCUCCUCCACCAGCAACCAUGCCUGCUCCAGGUUCAGCCAUGGCUGUACUGAAACUUGGUCCCCCAAGCCCAGCCACUCAGCCACUGUUUACCCCACCAUCCCCACCACUGCCAUCUCCACCUCCAGCAUCCAUCAAAUUCCAACAUAUUCCAACUCCAACAACAACCCAGUCCCAACCUCUACCCCCACCUCCACCUCAAGUACCCAUCCAGUCCCAACCUCUACCCCCACCACCACCUCAAGUACCCAUCCAGUCCCACCCUCUACCCCCACCUCCACCUCUAGUUCCCAUCCAGUCCUACCCUCCACCUCCAGCACCUAUCCAAUCCCACUCUUUUCCCCCACCUCCAGCAUCUAUCCAAUCCCACUCUUUUCCCCCACCUCCAGCACCUAUCCAAUCCCACUCUUUUCCCCCACCUCCAGCACCUGUCCAAACCCACUUUUUUCCCCCACCUCCACCUUCAGCAACUAUUCAAACUCAUGCUUUUCCCUCUCCUCCAGCACCUACCCAAUGUCAACCUUUACCACCUCCACCACCACCACCUCCAGCACCUAUCCAAUCCCACCCUCUUGCUCUGCUUCCAGUAUCUAUCCAUUCCCAGUCUUUUCCUCCACCUCCACCACCAGCCCCUUUGCAAUCUGAAGCGUUUCCCCCUCCCCCACCUCCAAUGCAAGCCAACAUCCUGCCUCCUCCACCACAAACAGCCCCACCUCCAUUAACUUGCAAUGGCCUCAAACACAUUCUGGCCCAGAAGUUCCCUAAUGUACCCAGGGAUGUGUCUCCUCCAGGCAGUCAAACUCAUUCACCACCACCUCCUCCACCACCACCACCACCACCACCCCCCACUCCUCCCGCCCCUCCUCUCCCACCUCAGCAGCCUUUUGCGACACCACCACCGCCCCCUCCACCACCCCCACCAUCUGCCCCAGGGCCACCUCGGGCAUUGCCUAAAACUUUCAUUGGAGGAUUUCCACCCCAGACUUCACCGAAACCAUCUGGUGUCUCCAUGCAGAUGUCUCCAGUUGCUUCUCUUCUACCAGGUCCUCCACCACCUCCUCCACCACCUCCACCCCCACCUGCAUCUGUAAAAACGCAUGCACCAGCUACAUUGCCCAAGCAGCAGAACAUCACUAAGAUGAUGCCCCAUUCGAACCAGACCUCCACUACAUCAUCUUUAGUAAAACAGAUUGCCAGCCAGUUUCCGGGUGCUGUUCCCAUAGUGGCCAACCAUGUAGAGGGUCACAAACCCCCGCUAUCAGCACCUGCAGUUAAGACUAAACCAAAAUGGCAACCUGGAGGACAAGUUCAGCAACAGCAGCGUUCACCUGAGUUUCCACCACCACCUUCAGAUACUACACUUACUUUUCCACCACCACCGCCCCCAUGUCCACCUCCUCCACCUCACCCAGGUCCAGCACCACCACCUCCACCACCACUUCCCCCUGCACAGUUAAGUACUCCAGUGAAGGCUCCCUCUGGAUCCUAUGGAGGUAGCAAGAAGCCUCCCCCUACCCCUCUACGCAACUCCAGUGUCAAGUCCGAUGAAUACCAGGAGUCCAUCCGAAAUCUAGUGGGCAAGUUCAAUCCCAGCUCAGUGUCUUCUGCUUCAUUGUCUUCUGGUUCUCCUUCCAAGGACACCUAUGCUGGACCACCUGCACCACCUAAACCUGGCAAGCUUAACUUGGCCAACUUACCACUGGCUUUGCAGAACAGAGUAAGUCAAAACCAGCAGACCAACACACAUUGUCCCUCCCAUGCCCCAACUGAGAAUAAUAGCUUUCCUCCCCCUCCCCCUCCUCCUCCCCCUCCCCCUCCUCCUCCACACAUAUCUAAUCUUCCACCUCCACCACCACUACCAGGCACCCCAAAAGUAGCUGUGGUGAACCCCCAGCCCCAGCCUGCUUGGAGCAAGAACUCCCUGAAGAAGACAGCAUCUGCUACAUCUAUACGGCGCAACAAUACAACUCCUGAGCCUCCACCACCAUGCCCACCUCUGCAGGGAGGGACAGCACCUCCAACUUCUCCAAAGGGAAGUACUCAACCAAACUUUCUAGAGGACUUGCACCGGACACUGAGGCGCAAGUCUUUGAGAAACUCUGCAGCCAAGAUGGACCCUGUGGCCACCAUGGAUGACAUGGUACUGCCUCCACCUCCUCCAGAGCUUCUUGACCAGCAGAGACUUAGCGGGAGUGGAUAUAUGUCCAAUAACAUCUCUGGCUAUGCAACAAUAAGGCGAGGCCCACCGCCUGCCCCACCUAAACGGGACAACACCACCAAAUUGACAAACUGAGAUUACUGGACUAUCUUUGGAUGUUCCUGAUUGAUUCCACAUACAUGGAUGUGGAUAAAUAGCAAUCAGUAUAACUGGCUUUUAAACAAUAUUUGACUGCGGAUGAGGGAGCAAAUUACUCUCAGCUUUAAUAUGCAUCGAUGCACCCUCUAUCGAAUGAAUUUUCAAACUAUGACAUGAAGGAAAUUUCUGCAACAUACUGGUACUGGCAUGGACAUAAAAGUGAAGUUAUAUCAAGAAUACAAAAGCUAGUUUGUUUUUAGGCAGUUGAAUGUCAGGAAUUAUAAGGAAAUCACAGGAAGGAUUCAUUUUGCCUUUGUUUUUUAUAUAAAUUUAUUUAAAUAUAUGAAGACUUUUUUUUUAUUUUAGGAUGAAGUUGUUAAGGAGGUUGACCAUGAUUGAGAAAGUAGUAAAUGUUGUGUUUUUGAAUGUGCUUAGCAUUCUUUAGGGGUGCUUGCGUACUUUCGAGAAUGUUAGUGGAACCUCUUACAGUGAUAUUAGUAGCAAACAGAAAACAGUCUAAAAAAAAAAAAAAAACAGUUGAGAGAAAUUAUUUGGGUGGGAAAAAAAUAUCAAAAUAAGCCUGUCAUAUAAAUGAAGAGACUUGUGAGAUAUUUUUAACUUGUCUGAAUUAUCUACUAAUUCACAUAAAUUCAGUAUUUUACUGUACAGUAUCGCCUGCUUUAAUCAUCUGUUUCUGGUCACGCCGUCUUAUACCAAGAAUUCAGGCAUCCUUCACUUCAACCGGCUUGGUGUGUCUCGUUCAUGUCCUGUAACUUGGGAACGAUGUCCUACCUGAAGGCUACUUAUGGUUUCAUCCUUUAGCAGGGAGCAGUCAAUGAACAGUACUUUUUGUACAGGCAUGUCAAAAUUGUUUUAAUGUUUUGGUUAAAUUACCAACAACAUCUCUGCUGAAUUAUUGAUACUCAGAACUGGCUGACAACAUAAAAUCAGACAACACAAUAGCUCUAACUGAGCAGCAAAUGACUAUGCCAUAUAUGUAUAAACGUGUAUGACCUUACAGAACCAUGUAUUCCUCUUGGAAGGACAUCUGUGUUUUUGAAGGCUGAAUAUUCAACAAUAUCAUGUUUCUUUUUAAGUUUUUUUUUUUGAUGAUGUAAACGUUAAAUUAUUAAAGUUAAUUACCCAGUCUUAAA